AUGUGUCUCUUGAAAAAGCGAAGAGGUAACCGAGGUGGACGGCGAUACGGCAAUAAAAUUCCAGUUCGAAUCAAAGCUCGUUUGGAGCUGAAUUAUGUGGAUGGUAUUUCUGCAAAUCGACGGCGUUGUUUGUCCAAUUUGGUUACCGUUUGUAAACAACCUUUUCACUCGUCGCUGAAUACUUCUCAACACGAUAUAUCUGCAUUCAAUAAAAUCAAGUUUGCAUUAUGGAAUGCCCAGUCCCUUCAGAAAAAAUCUGGAUCAGUAUGCGACAUCAUUUCAUCAAACCGAUUAGAUAUUUUCGCCAUCACAGAAACUUGGCUAAAUUGCAAAGGAAACAACAUCUCAUUAGCCGAGAUUUUAAAUACAGUGAAAGACUUUAAAGUCAUCCAAAUCCCCAGAGAAAACGCGAAAGGUGGCGGCGUAGCAUUGUUUCUCCGGAAAGCCUUCACAAUGACAAGAAACUCGGGCUCUAAUUUUACAUCUUUUGAACACCUAGACGUUUACAUAUCACAUGGAAAGUUCAAAAUACGUCUGGUCCUGAUUUAUCGUCCCCCACCAUCGAAGAAGAACAAGUUAACAACACUGAUUUUCUUUGAAGAGUUUUCCCAACUAGUUGAAAUUUUAACGGAGGACUGCACUCAUCCACUGGCUAUUGUUGGAGAUUUUAAUUUCCAUGUGGACACCCCAAACAAUCAAGAUGCUCUUAAAUUCAACGAUCUAUUAGAUUCUAUGAACCUAGUCCAACAUGUUGAAGGUUCUACUCACCGAGGUAACCAUACCCUCGACUUGAUUAUCACUAGAAGGGAAGAAGAAUUAAUAGCUAAUGUCCAAGUGCUACCUGACGUCUAUUCUGACCACAAAGUGGUCAGCUGCACAAUGAACUAUUCCAAACCACCAUCUUCAAAAGUACUAAUCACAUAUAGAUCUACGAAGACCUUGGAUGCUACUAAGCUGCAAACCGAUAUCAAUAAUAUCCUUUCAAAGAUAGAUUCCUUGUUUGAACCGUCACUGGAUCACUUGAUGUCUCUAUACAAUAGAGACCUUAAAGAUAUCUACAAUACUGCGGCACCAAUUCAGUCUAGAUGGAUUAAACAACGUUUCCAUGCACCAUGCUAUAAUCAAGAUCUACGGCAAGUCAAACGUGAAAAACGUCCACUGGAGCGCAAAUUAAAAAAAUCCGGCCUGGUAGUUGAUCAACAAAAAUUUGAAUCAAAAUGUGUUGAAUAUAAUUCUUUAAUUGAAACAACAAAAAUGCACUUCUAUAAAUCUCGGAUAGAACAGACCGAUCGGAAUCAGCUCUUCAGACUUAUUGACGGCUUCUUCAAGAUAAAAAACACUGCGUUGCCUACUUAUGACUCUCUUAAACAACUUACUGAAGAUUUUAACAACUUUUUUAUAAACAAGAUUAGAGACAUACAUAAGGAACUAUCCGACCUUUCGAACAACACCCAUCUACUUCAUAAUAUGGAAAAAAGAAAUAUUCACUGUGAGCUCUCUGAAUUCAUCCCACCGUCAAACAAGAAUACUAAAGACGUUAUGAUGUCAUUCUCGAACAAGACCAACACAUAUCGAACAACACAUAUCGUUAAAGACAACAUAAACUUAUUACUACCUCUUAUCAGUAAAUUGUUAGAAAACCCGUCGAAACUGGAGUCUUCCCAACUUCUUUGA